CAGGAUGUCGGCCCCACCAACUUCAGCCACUUGUUCGCUUUCUCAUCAUGACGACAAAGACGUGGCGGGCUUUCUUCGCCGAGUCCAAGCUCAUGAUUGCGCUCGUGCUGCUCAUCUUGGCUCGAUGCGUCGACCGCGUUGUGUACACGCGUAUCAUCUACGACUACGGGCCAUUUCUGUGGUACUUUUCCAACGUCAUUUGCCCCGUGGCGUUUGCUCUCACGUCGUGGCCCGUGGUGUGGUACAAGAUGUACUUUACCAGUACGUUCGUUGUUCAAUCCCCCCACCAUCGUCAUCGUUUGAUGGCAAUCGACAGAAGACAUCAGUCCCGCGAUGGCAGCUUUCCCCAAGUACAAGUUUGCCUUCAUGGCCCUUUUAGACUCGCUGUUUAACCUCAUGGCUGCCUUCCCCACGCCCCACAUCGGGUGCUGUCAUGUUCCCUCGGACCUAUAGCUGCAAUACCCGCAGCAUUCUUACUUUCGUUUAGGGGCAACUUGGCCAAUGUACUGGGACAACUCCUGCUCCCGGUCAACAUGAUCAUGUCGUUCUUCUUCCUCCAGACAAAGUACAAGCGCACGCAUAUCUUUGGCGCCAUUUUGGUCAUUUACGGCGGCCUCGUUGAUAUGAUCCCCCUCAUGCAGGGUGGGGGGUCGACUGUAAACAGCCCUGACCCUAGUAUAUGGUGGAUCUCGCUCUACUUGAUGGCGCUCAUCCCUGCCGCCGGCUCCAACGUGUACAAGGAAAUCGGGCUGAAAGAUGUCGACUUGGACAUUUGGUACACGAAUGCGUGGGUCAGCGCCUACCAAAUUCUGUGGGGGCUCACCACCGUGUGGACCAUUCAAGUCCCUGCCUUUAACAACCCCCCCGUCGUGUUGCGCGACUUCCCUACGUACGCCAUAGCCGCCCACGAGUGUUUUCUGGGUAAUAGUGUGACCUUUCACGACAAACUGCUGCUGUGCGACCAAGGCAUUUUCACCCAAGUGCUCAUCUUUUUUGCGUUCAACUUGGCCUUCAAUCAGCUGAUGCUGUACAUUUUCAAGGAAGGCAGUUCGGUGCUCUUCGUCGUGUCGUCGGCAAUCUGUCUGCCGCUCACGGACGUUCUAUACAUGUUUCCGUUGCUCACAGGCACUAAAGCCGCCCAAGCAUUCACGCUGCACGACGGGUUUGCCAUAUUUGUGCUUGUGAUGGGGAUGCUCGUGUACCAUGCCGAAAAGGAACAGCGACUGGAUGCGAGUGGCACCAAAGCAGUGGACAAGUCGCCCAUGUUCUCGUCUCCCAGUCUUCAGAAGACCCGAAUGAUGCGCGCCAAGCGAGGGCGGGUGCUGUACCACCAGAGCCCCGUGACCUUUCGCAAUCGCAGUUCCCCGUCUCGAGCGCUGCUCACCGCUCGCAGCCCCGGCGCCGCACCGCCUUCGUACGGCACGUCCAUGGCCAACGAAAUCGUCUAGCAGUUUAUCACCUACUAACAUGCACAUUAUUGUUUUACGUUUCCAAA